AUGAAUUUUCUUCCGAAAAUUCGUGCAUUUACCAUCUUGCCGAAUCGCAUUUUAGGUGCGCGUUUCAGUUCCGGCGAAGUGCCUCGUAACAUUUUGGCCGAGAAGGAAGUCAUUUCAGCACAUUUGCAAAAGGAAAAUGGCAAAAUCUACGACAGAAAACCCUUUAAAAUGACCUUGGAAGCCAACAAGAACUACUCCUGGUGCUUGUGUGGGCAUUCGAAGACACAGCCAUUAUGCGAUGGGUCACACAAGACCAACUACACGAAAGUUAAAUUCAAGAGUGUGCGAUUUGCCGUCGAAAAAUCCGGAGAUUAUUGGAUUUGCAAUUGCAAACAGACAAAACAUCGACCUUUCUGCGAUGGCUCACACAAAACUUUGCCGGAAAAGUAA